AUGGCAAGCUACAAGGUCGCGGCGCCAGAUGAGUAUCUGGCCAUCACCGGCAUGGGCAUCAAGACGGUGAAGAUCUGCAAGGCUGCAUGGCUGUGGCCUAUGCAGCGCUGCAUGCGCUUCUCCGUCCAGCCCCACGACUACGCCAUGAACCUGCAGGCUAUGACCAAGGAGAAGCUACAGUUCCUUCUCCCGGUCGUCUUCACCGUCGGCCCCAACCUGAACCACCGCGGCGCCAAUGCCAAGCUGCCAGGCGGCGAGCCGGGGCUCUUGGCCGGCGACGACCAUGGGAGCAGCACCGCUCACGGCGACGACAAUACCCAUACCCCCAACGUCAACGCUCAUGACUUCCGGCGCGAGGACCGCGGGGACGCCCUGAUGAAGUAUGCCAUCCUCCUGGCCGACUCGGGCGGCAAGCAGCAGAACCACAGCCCCCAGUUCCUCGAGAACAUCGUCAAGGGUAUCAUUGAGGGCGAGACGCGCGUGCUGGUGUCGAGCAUGACCAUGGAGGAGAUCUUCACUGAGCGGGAGGUCUUCAAGCGUCGUAUCUUCCGCAACAUCCAGGGCGAGCUUGACCAGUUCGGACUGAAGAUUUACAACGCCAAUGUGAAGGAGCUCAAGGACGCGCCUACGAGCAACUACUUUGAGUCGCUCUCACGAAAGGCUCACGAAGGAGCGAGUAACCAAGCAAGAAUUGACGUCGCGGAAGCCCAACUGCGCGGCAACGUCGGUGAGGCCAAGCGUAAGGGUGAGCAGGAACGUGAGCUUGCCAAGAUCAACGCCGAGACAGCGGUGCAGAAGACGGAGCGCGAUGUGGAGCGGGCGCAGGCCGAGGCUUCGCUGGCAUCCAGGAAGACGCUCCUAAACAGGGACGUCGACAUUGCGCGCAUCGAAGCUACGCGCGCCACCGAGGCCAAGGACGAGGACCUGAAGCGCGAUGUCGAGAUCCGCCGCGCCGCCGCCGAGAUGGAGCGCCUGCGCGCCACCGACGUCGUCAAGGCCAGCAUCUUGCGAGAGUCCAAGCAGCAGGCCGCCGACGCCGCUGCCUACGCCAUCGAGGCCGACGCGCGCGCCAACUUUGAGAAGAACAAGCGCGCCACCGACGCCGCCGCAUACAAGACCAAGCUCGACGCCCAGGCCAACGCCGAGGCCGACUUCAACCGCGUCACCAAGAACUCGGAGGCCGCCGCCUACAAGACCAAGCUCGACGCCGAGGCGUGGAGCCACGCGGCCAUCCAGAACGCCGAGGCGAACCUGCAGAAGAAGCUCAAGGAGGCCGAGGGUCUGGCCGCCAUGGCCGACGCCUACGGCAAGCUGGGCCAGGCCUUCGGGGGCCCCGCCGGCCUGCUGCAGUACAUGAUGAUCGAGAAGGGCACCUACGUGGAGCUGGCCAAGGCCAACGCCACGGCCAUCCACGGCCUCGAGCCCAAGAUCAGCAUCUGGAACACGGGUUCCCAGGCCGGUUCCGAGGGCGCCGGCGGGAGCAACGUCGACACCAUGCGGAACAUCUACCAGAUGCUGCCGCCCCUGAUGACCACCAUCAACGAGCAGACGGGCAUCUCGCUGCCCGAGUGGCAGUUUGGCAGGCUGGCUGGGCAGAUGUCGGAGAUUGAGAGGCGCGACGGGAAGGCCGUCAACGGGAAGCAGUAA